AAUAAUUAAAAGUGUUGUAUUGAUAACGUUAUAAUUAAAAAUACUCAUUAAAUUCAAAAAUUAUUAAUUAAAACUUAUUUUUAAUUAGAAUUGAUAUUUUAUUCAAAAAUAUACAAUAUAUAAAUUACGAGAAAGUAAACAAGUUUUAAUUGUGUCGGCGUAUUUUUUUGUUAUUACUUGGAUUUAAUAAGUUGGUGCAAGUGUUUCAAUAGAAGUUUGCAAACUGUUGAAAUAAAACAACUUUAAUCUCCACGAAUAAAUAAAUACAUUAAUAAAAAUAUAUAUAAUAUAGUAUUUGUUUAAAUUGAAUAAUGUGAAACUUAGAACGAUUUUAAUUAUUGAAAAUUGGUUAUUUAAAAAAAGUGAUUAAAUGAAAAGUUACUAUUUAAUUACUGUGGUUUAAAAACAGCGUUUUAUGUAAAACGAGAAUACGAAUGAUAUUAUCUUUAAUCGAGUGGAAAUUACCAAAUGCAUUAAAAUCACAAGUUAUUAAAACAGGUGUAACCAAAUAAAAGUGAAAAAAAAUCAUUUACGGAUAUCAGAAAAUUAUUAUUGUCAAAUGGGAUACAAGUUAAAGUAACAGCCAAUUUUUGAUAACACACUCGCCUGCUCAAGUUAAAAUUUCAUCAGACCUCAGAAAAACAAAAUUAAAAAAAAAACUCCAGCGAAAUGAAAUAAAAUAAAUAAACAUACGACUUAAUUAAAAUAAUACUGCCAAAAGACGUGCACGACUAUGAGAAAAAAAAUAAUCAAAUAAUUCAUGAAUUCAAUUUCAUUGUUCUGCCUCGUCUCAAUUGUCGUAAAACACAAGCAAAAGUAAAAAAGUUUAAAAAAAAAUAAACAAAUAAGAUAAACAACAAAAGUAAAUAACCAAACAAAAAAAGUAUCUUACCGCACAAAAUUGUCCACCGAGGCACGUUCAAUUUGCGCAAGUUUUUCCCAACAGAAUGAACCUUUCUGAACUCAAUGAAUUCGUGGCCACCACUACCACUAUUGCCCCUUAUUCUCUUACUUAUACAACAACAACUACUUCUACACCUUCAACACAAGAAUAACCAGGGUAAAAAAAUAAAAAAUAUUCAUAACGCAAUUGGUGUAACUACAAACGUGCCGUACUAAACAAAAAAUAAUUGUCUCCGAGAUUAUUAAACUUUAUUCUACAAAAGUCUUCUUCCCGACCAUAAAACGACUGAGUAAUUAUAAUUAUUCUAAAAACAAUUCCUUUUUUUUUUCUCAAUUUCAUCACAAAAAUUUUACUUAACAUAAUGACUAAAAUUAAUUAAGUCAUUAUUAUUAUUAUUAAUAUAAUUUGAUAGUCGAAUAAAAAUCUUUUACAAUAAUACUCGGAAAUAGUUAUAAUCGUAAUUAUUAUCGUUGGUUACAAACCGCAAAACGUCAUCAGUCUACGUCCAACAGUAUAAACGAUUCACACGCGUUAAAGCGGAAUGAAUUAUUCACCGUGGAUCGGCACGACCGGGCGUCGGUUCAGAGUGUCCGUCCGGUGACAAAGUAUCACGAUUUACGUUUAAUCGCGAUUUGCAAGUCGCUUUUACACACAAACUAUACAACAUCACAUAUAUCUUAUAGGUUAUAUAAAUUAAAUUAUAAUAUAAACAUUAUAAUUAGUCAUAACCCUCUUGAAAAAAACAACUUUUAAACCCCUUAUAAACUACCUCAUUACCAAUCGCGUUACUAUCAAUAGAUAAUUUAAAAAAUAUAAGAUAAUGUGAUAUGUAAAAUGUGCAUAGGGACAAAUGAGGCGUAAAUAUGUGUAUUGUAAAAAAAUUAACCGGGUGGGUAAUGGAAUAUAAGUUGAGGUUAAGCACCGGAUGCUAGAAGUGAAUAAAGGCUUAAGGGAGGAAGAAAAAGAGGAAGAAGACUGUAGGGGUGGUUUGUUGGUGGUGAAGGAAAAGAAUGGAGAAAGAUCGACACUACAGAGCUUAUGAGGGCUUAAAAGCCACUAACAACGGUAAUACAUCCUCUUUGAAGCGUAAUACAGAUCCCUCGAAACCACGUCCUGGACAAAUCAGAUGUCUUUGCUUUGGUGGAGUACCGGAUAAAGCGAGUCAUCAUUCCUUUCUAAAGGGAUGCAUUAUAAAUUUGGGUAUUUGCGUGCUUCUGGCUUGCUACACUCUGCUGGGAAGCUGCAUAUUUCUUGCUAUCGAGGGCGGCGCUGAUGGGGGUCUCCAACAGAGGACACUAGCUACCAUCGCCAGCAGCAAUCAACCGCAUCGCAGGAAUAACACUGUUUGGUUAAAUGAGAUGCUUCGGGAUGCACGGAAUCAAACAGUCGAGAGUAUUUGGCAAAUAACUGAACAUUUAAAUAUUCUCUACCACGAUAAUUGGACACGUCUAGCUGAACAAGAGAUAGCGCGUUUUCAAGCUACACUCGUUAAAAAAGUCACCGAAGAAAUGAAUGCUAAUCAACACGCAGGAACAUACACUGGAAUUACAGCAAACAAUGAUGGGCCAAUCGAGAGCAAAGUACCCGAGUAUGAGUGGAAUUUCGCCAAGGCAUCUUUGUAUUCACUGACAGUGCUGACCACUAUCGGAUACGGAAGUAUCGCUCCGCGAUCAGUUUGGGGUAAAGUAGCAACAAUGGGUUAUGCUGCGUUAGGAAUUCCUUUGACAUUAGUCUACCUAUCAAGUGCAGGUGGAUUGUUAUCUCGUUGCGCUCGAGGUUUUUUCACACGAGCUUUGUGCUGCUGUCUAUGCUCAAAUUGCGGCUACUGUUGCUAUGAUGAGAGGCGAAUGCAGGAAAAAGAACGAAGAAUGAGAAAGAAACGACAGCAAGAAGAAAUGAAUCAACAGCAGCAACAACAAUCGGGCUUACAAGAACCCUUUUAUGUACGAGCUAAUGCCUCAACUUAUCCGAGUUCUGUUGAAAUUAAAGCCAGUCCAAAAGAUGAAGUGUCAAGUCUUGGUUCUGGUGACAGACCUAAUGUUACUAUUUUCGCUCCAAUUGGAAUUUGUCUUGGGAUAAUGCUUUGUUAUAUUGUCGCUGGUGCUUUUACUUUGUACAAAUUGGAAGGCUGGAGUUUUUUAGAUGCCAGCUACUUUUGCUUUAUGAGUUUAAGUACAAUAGGAUUCGGCGACAUGAUACCCGGCCUUUAUCCCAGUCAUAGUAACAUUGCUUCUCAAAAUAAAACAAUAUGGUUUUGCUCGGGUUACAUAAUGUUUGGUAUGGCAUUAACGGCGAUGUGUUUUAAUAUAUUACAUGAUGAACUGGUGCAUCGAUUAGCGCACCGCAAUGAAACAAACGAAUCUGUCAAACCGAGCUCAAGUGUUGACGAGUUAGCGACAGAUCCAUUCGCCCUUACGUCGUGACAAUUUCCUUCAAGUAAUUUUAGUAACAAUAGAAAUACAACCGACGAAUCAUUAUGUAAUGAGCAGCCAGUUAGUAUUUUUGCCCAUGAAAAUGAAAUGAAUAUUUUAAGAGACUCGUUUAAUCAAGUUGAUGUUACAAGAGACUGCAAGCCUAUAAUUAAACUUGAAGACCAUAUUGUUGGACCUCCUGCUGUUUAUACACUACCGGAAGUCGAUGAAGAAGUUGAGGAAAAUACUGAAAUGUAAAUUUAAUUUUUUUUUUUUUGUCGUUCAUAAAUUAAAUCAUUAUUUUUUUUCUUAUUCAAAAAAUUGCGCGCAAUUAUUUAUGAGAUGUUCUCAUAAAUUUUUCUCAAUCAAAAUAAAUAUAAAAAAUUUUUAUUUUAUAAAUAAUUAUAAGUAUUUUCAUUGGCGUAUUUUAUUGUAAAAUUUUAUAAUUUAUAAAAAUUCCAAAAUUUCGAAAAAUUUUUUUUUUACAAGAAUUAAUUUAAAAAAUACUUAUCAUUAUAAAAUAUUUAUAUACGUACUGUCUAUGUAGUUAGGUGUGAUUAAAAAUUUUUAAUACUCAUCUUAUUACUCCGGCUAAUUAAAAUUUUAAGUGUAAAAUAAUUAAUGAUAUCUAUAUAUAUAUUUAUAUUUAUUUAAAGUAUAUAUGAGUAAUUUAAAAAUUAUGGAAAGAAAAAAAGGAAUUACUGAAAAAUAGAUAAUUGUCUUACAUAACAAAAUUUAAAAAAAAAACUGCCGGAUUGUAAUAAAUAAUUAAUUCUCGAUAGUGGGAACUCAAAAAAAUCUUGUGCUCAAGAACAAUAACUAAAUUAACAUGACUAAUAAUAAUAAUACACUAAAAGAAUAAAUAAAAUAAUUGUAUCUUAAGAAUGUUGCGUUUAGAAGGACUAUCUUUAAAUAUUUAUAAUUAAAUAAUUAUUUGUAUGAUAAGAGAUUAUAGCUGUAGAAAAAAAAACAGUCCAUUAAAUAAUAGGAGGACCUUGGCAUGAUUUUUUAAAUUUUGGUUUAUUUUUUAGGGGCUGUUCAUAAAAUACGUUCGCAUUUACAGGGGGAGGGCGUCGCUUACUGCGACAAGGGGACCGGGGGUUCUACGGAAACGUGAAAUUCGCAGCUAGGACUGCACUCAAGAUCGAGAUUAUCUUGAUCUUGUCUCGAUCUCGUCUCGACUUAUCAAGACGAGACCAAGACCAAGACCAUCGAAAAUCUUGCAAUGUCUUGACAAGAACCAAUACAAUAUAAUAAAUAUAUGUGAAAUAGUUUUAUCAAAAUUUUGUGUUUACACAUGAUUAUAAUUCAUGUAGUCAAUCGUUGUUGUUUACGAUAGUGUAACAGAGCUCUAUUAAAAAAAAAAAAUUUGUGAUUAAAAAAAAGUUUUAAAAAUGAUUAAAAAACUGUUAAAUAAAACUUGUGAUUUAAUUUACUGUUAUUAAAUUUACAUAUUUUAUUGGGAAAUAUUAAAUGGAUAUUUUAGUUUUGAUUUCUGAAUUGUUCGCAUUAAAUAAAUCAUAAUUUUGUUCUUACGAUAUACUAGAGGUGCCAUGAUGACACGUGUUUGAGCAAGAUCCUGGAAUAAGUAUCUUGAGUAAGACCCCUAGCUGCUAUAAUUUAACAUUAUUAAUUUUAUUAGAUGGAAUCAACAUAGUAUUUUGAAAAUACUAUGGAAGCUCGAUUAUUUUAAAAAAGAACGAAGAAUUUAAUAACAAAUUUAAGAAAUUUUUAAAAAUUAUCCCAAUCAUAAAAUACAAACCAAUGAAAUAUAAUUGUGUGAACUAUUUUAAAUUAAUUUAAGAGAAAUUCAUAAUAAUUAUAGACCAAGACAAGAUCUCGACAAGACAAGACAAGACGAUAUAAUCAAUUGAUUGAUUUUCGAGAUCAAUACGAGACGGAAAGUGUCAAGAUCGAGACAAGAUCGUUCCAAUCUUGUCUUGUCUCAGCUCAAGUGCAGCCCUAUUCGCAGCUCAUCAAAAAAUUUGGAAAAUUUUUCUCGGUUUUUUGAAAUUUAAGUUUUUUAUUAUUGCAAAUAAUAAAUAUUUUAAAGUAUAGAAAUUUUUGUACUAUUCGUUGCCAAAUAUCAUUACAGGGGAGGAGAAAUCUAUCAUUUGUGACGCAAUUUUAAUGGGGGGUCAUAAAAAAUGUGAUAGCGCGGGGUGGGGGGAAGGGGAGUUUAAAAAAGUAAAAUUUUGCGUGACUUAUUUUAUGAACAACCCCUUAUUAAAUAAAUAUUUAUAAAUAAUUGUUGUUAAAAUAAAUGUUAAUCGUGCAGAGGUCAUCCUAGUAUAGAAUUUUAUUAUAAUUAUAAAUUAUAAAUAUUGUAUGUAAGUAUUUAAUUGUUAGGUAAUGGAAAAAGAUUAAGGACUUUAAUAUGGAUUUGUUUUUUAAUAUUUUAUUAUAUUGAUCAAGAUUCGACAUUAGACAUUUGAUAAUUUAUUUUUAAUGCUAAUCAAUAUAAAUGUAUACUGCAAAAAAAUUUAAUUUGACUUUUUAAUUUUUAAUUAUUUUUUUUAUAACUAUUAUUUAUAUCAAAAUUAUGUAUGAGUUUUGAUGGAGCAGACAAUUGGCAAUUUUGAAUUUUGGAAUAAAUCAAUAAAAUGUAAGUAGAGUAAAAAUUACAAGAUGCGUUUUUAGAUAAUUGAAAAAUCAGUACGCGCAUUUUUUUCAAUUUCAUUAUUUUAAUUAAUUGAUUUAUUUAUUUAAAAUUUAUACAUUCACCCGCAUCUGCUACAUUCACGCUCAUAAUUAUAUUUUCUGUGUAAAAAAAAUUCGUUUCAAAAAGAUUCCAUGAAAGUUCAACAUGUAGAAUUCCUAAAUUUGAGACAGAUCAGAAUUUUGAGUAGAACUUUUGUAAUUUUGAUAUUAAAAAAAAAAGUAUACUUAGAAUUUUAUAUGGGCGAAUUUUCAGUAAGACAGAACGUUUUUAAAACAUAUUUUUCAAAAUUCAUUUUUACUACAUUUUACCCUCGUUCUGAAAAAGUUCCCAUUAAAAACCAAUAGCCUCAAAAAAAUAAAAAAACGUUCACAAAAAUUUCCAAACUAAAGAUUUUUGAACUUUUUCGAAACGAGGGUAAAAUGUAGUAAAAGUAUGAUUUAAAAAUAUUAUUUUUUUUACUUAAAAUUUGCCCAUAUAAAAUCCUAGGUAAACUUUUUUUUCUACGAUGAAAAUUACAAAAGUUCCACUGGAGUUCUAAUCUGUCUUUUUCGGAACCCAACUUUUUUUGAAUCUUUUUGGAACGAAUUUUUUUUACACGGGUUAUUUUUGAUUUUCUAAAAAAUUUAAAGUUCUUAAUCUAUCAAAUAAAAAAAAUAUUAUUUUAUAUUUUUAUUUUUGACAUAUCAUAACUUAAGAUAACGUCACGUACAUUCUUCUCUUACAAAAAAAAACUCCAUAAUAAUUGAAUUAAUUAAAAUCUCUUCCUUAAAAAAAAAUUAAUUUUUUAUAACCCGAUUACCCGCGUAAAAAUUAAAACAAUUUUAAAAAUCUUGAAUAAAAAAUGAAUUUUUAUUCUCAUUAUAAAUUUGUCAUCUCAGAAAAUUAAAGAAUCCUAAAUAGGACAUACAUACAUAAAAAAGUGAAGAGUAACAUUCAUACCUAUCGCGCACUUCAUUAAAGCUCCAUAAAAAAUUCCCACAGCUCUCAUCAUUUCUCCAAGGAUGUUGAUUUAUUUUCUCCAUCUCUCUUAUACAUAAGCUCUUACUGCAAUCCUUUCACUCUAUUUAUCUCCUUCCUAUCUAUUCUCCAUUCCACGCAAUCUCACCCUCUUUUUUUCAUCUUUAUUUUGUUCUUCGCUUUUUUUAUCCUAUUCUUUUUUUUACUUCUUUUCCUUAGCGAAGUUCUCCAGGGAAAUAUCAUGGAAUUGUGCUACUGGGACAUUACCGGUUGAAACUUUAGUCGAAUGAUCUCAAGAAAAAAAUAAACCAAUGUAACUCAAGUACCAUGGGAUUUUUUUUCCACAGCCAAACCAAUCACAAACUACACAUUUUUUUUUUUUUUUUUUAUUAGAGCCAUACAUUAUAUAUAAUACAUUUAUUAACAAUAAUAUCAGUAACUUUUAUUUAUAUAUAUAUGUAUAUAUAUGAUGCGGCAAUUGAAGAACAAAAAAUUACUCUUCCUUUUUAUUGUAAUUAGAAUUUUUUAAAAAAUGAUGAAGCAAAUAAUUAAAAAUUGACUGAUUGUGUACGUAUUCAAAUAAAAAAUAUCAAUAAAAAUACAUGAUAAAAAAUAAAAAAAUAAUUAAUAAACAUGUUACAUAUAAAUGUGAUUAUGCACGGUGAGUUUUAUGAGGUCGUAUAAAAAUACACUCACUGUCAAAGUGUUUUUAUGAGUAGAAGUGACAAAUAUUUCUUAAUCCGUACUGACUAAAAAUAAAUUUAUAAAAUAUUGGAUUAAUAAAGUUAUUAUUAAUUAUGAGUAAGUAUUCGAUUUGUGUGAAGAUAAAACUACCACUGUACAAAAUUUUCGUAGUGAACGCAAAGUUAAUGUGGAGCGGAUGACUGUUUAUUUAUUUAAUCUCCUUCGGAGUGAAAUUUACUCCGGAGAGUUUAUUUAAAAAUUAAAACUCCAACUAGCGGAGUAAAUUUGAAUUUAAAUAAAAUCCGUAAUAAAUCUGAAUUCACUUCCGAUUCUUAACAGUGUGCACUGUGAAGAAUCGGGCAUAAAUUUGUAGUGAUCACAGAUUUUGUUUAAAUCCGAAUCCACUUGGAGAUCCGGAGUCUAAGAAAAAAAUUAAUCUUCAGACGGAGUCAAUACGGAGUUUAUUUUUCCGGCGAGUGAUUUCGGAAUGAUCUGGAUUUUAUUUGAAUCCGCAUUCACUCCGAUUUGGAGUUUAAAUAUUGAAAUAAACCUCCUCGGAGUUGAUUUUACUCCAUGGAGAUUAAAAAAACAAACAGUCAUCCACUCCGUAUUCACUCCGGAUUUAAUCCGCGUUCACUCCGAAAAUUUUUUGCAUCACAUGUAUGACUUUAAUUGUUAAUUUCAAAUAAUUAGAUUUGUAGAAUCAAAUUUUUAUUUUAAUUCAUGUAAAGGAAGUGGCAAAAUGGGCCUCUUUAAAAAAAUUCUGAGUUUUUUUUCUCUAGUUAAAAUAUUUUUUAGUCCGAAAAAAUACUUGGUAUUAAUAUGACUUGACCAUAAAAAAAAAUUACAAUGUGGGGCAAAAUGAGCCACUUAAAAAAUUUUUAAGCUCAAAUUAUUCUAUAAUAAUUUUACUAUAAACUUUUAAUUAUGAACUAAAAUUUUAAUAUAAUUUUUUGUAAUCAAUUGUAAGUGGACCGAAUUACCCACGUAUAUGAUGUCUCCAUGUUGGAUUUUUAAAAAAUUUUCGGAGGCCUUUUUUGCCCCUCCUCCUCCUCUUCUAUUGUAAUUAUUUAUAUUAUCAAUUAAAUGGUAGCAUCAAAUAAAUAAAUUUGUACAGUAAAGUCAAUAAUUUACUUUAUAAAAUUAUAGUAUAGUCCAUGUAAAUAAACGUCUGAUACUAUUAGACUGAAUAUAAAUAUUUAUAAAAUAUAAAAUAUGUUCUACUAAAAAAUUACUAAUUGAUAAGAUGAAAAAAAAAAAAUUAAAUAACGUAAAUUGUAAUAACGUGACAUUGACGUCAUGUGAUUAAUGUAUCCAUCGUAAUUGAUAGUAAAUACAAUAUAUAGACAUAACAAAAAAUAAUUAUAAUUAUUAAUAUAUUAAUAUUAUUAUUAUUAUUUGAUAAGUUGGAGUGAAUGGAAUUUAUUAAUACAGUUAAGAAUUUUGUGGACUGCAGAUCUUUUGUAAAUUAAAUCCAGCACAAAAAUAAAAAUUAGUAAUUAAAAAAAAUAUAUAAAAUAAGUUAUUAUAAUUAUAUAAUUAAUGGAGAAAAAAAAUAAUGAUUGUAAAUAAUGGAAAUGCUGUCACUGUAAAAUAUUCACAUGAAAAAAUAAAAUAUAAUCGUCUGUAUAAUCGAUUGUCAAAAAUUGUAUCUUAUAAUAUUAAAUAAAUAUUGUCAGAAUCUCUAAUGACUUUUAAUUAAUUAUAAAUUUUUU